AUGGAUCUUAACCUGCCAGAAUGUAUCAAUACAGAGGAAAAGCAGCGCAACCCGGCAGAGGCGUUGACUGCGCGCCAUUACAACAAAAAGAUACUCUCUUCUAAACUAUUUUCACUCCAGGGAGCGGCCAGUGUUACUUUGGAGGUCGUCAUGGAGGGCGAUCUCCCGGUGAUCAUACAGUUUAGGACCGAGGCAUUCGACACGACGGCGUACAGAACGGCCAAAGAGCAUCUUGGUGAGAUGGUCCCAUCCAUCGAAUUGAUCCAGUCCGAGGAAUUACCGGCUGAGAAUGUCUUUUGCGUCUUCAUGGCGAAGAUGCCGCGCAAACCAUGGAUGGAAAUCGAAGAUUGCUGGGCAGAGGACGAGUUCCGCCGGUGUGCCAUGUCGCUCGGCCAGUUACUUUCUCGUUGUUUUGUGCCGAAUGAGGUCGCAGCGAUUGAUACAUACAUCACCCCCGGACUGAAGAAGAUCCUGACGAUACGGUCUUGCUCUGGGGUGGACGUGACCGCUUACUUCCCUCUCGUGGAGAAGCUGAUCACGGCCGCCAGUCGUCUCCAGGACGUGCCGGGGCUGUUCUCCCACCAAGAUCUCAACACUAUGAACAUAUUUGCCGACGAAUCCGGCCAAGUUCGGGGCAUCGUGGAGAUACCCGAUUUUCACUGGCAAUGGCUAGCGAGAUGCUACCUACCAACGCCCCCGGACGCUAGCCAAGCCCCCAAAAUAUUAGAUACAGGGUUUUAG